AUGGAUUUCAACGAGCUAGAAGAAAUGGACGGCGUGCGCUGGUCCUGGCUCACCUGGCCGUCCUCGCGUCUGGAAGCCACCCGCUGCAUCGUCCCGUUCGGUUGCAUGUACACCCCGCUCAAACAUCUUUCCGCAAACCGUCUUCCGGCCCCUCUUCCCUACGAUCCCGUCCAAUGCAAGUCCUGCACUUCCGUCCUCAACCCUUACUGCCGCGUCGACCUCCGCUCGCGCAUCUGGUUCUGCCCCUUUUGCUACCAUCGCAACCCCCUCCCUCCAAACUAUGCAGACAUCUCCGAAUCAAACCUCCCCGCAGAGCUCAUCCCAGACUUCACUACCGUCGAAUACACCCUCCACCGCCAGCCCGCCCCGCCCCCGAUCUUCUUCUUCGUCCUCGACGUCUGCACCAGGGAGGAUGAGCUGCAGACCGCCAAGGACUACAUCAUCAAAGCCCUCUCCCUUCUCCCGAAGGAUGCCGUCGUCGGCCUCAUCACCUUUGGUCAAAACAUCCACGUCCACGUCAUCGGUUACACCGAGUGCGCGAAAUGCUACGUCCUGCGCGGCGAGAAAGAGUACACCCCCGACCAAAUUAAGAACCUCCUCAUGCUCGCCGGCGGCCCUCCACGCGGCGCCCCCCUCAACUCCGCUUCGCCGCCGGGUCCCAACCCGGCCACGGUCGGCGCCGCCCGCUUCCUCCAGCCCGUGUCCGAGGGCGAGUUCCUCAUGACCUCGGUCCUGGAGGACCUCGAGACCGACCCGUGGCCCGUCCCGGAGAACGAGCGCCCAAAGCGCGCCCUCUGCACUGCCCUCUCCGUCGCCGUCGGCAUUCUCGAGUCCACGUCUGCCGGCACUGGUGCACGCAUCCAGCUCCUCGUCGGCGGCCCGGGCACCGUCGACCCGGGCAAGAUUGUCGCCCUCGAGCUUGGCGAUGCCGUUCGUUCCCACUCGGACAUCGAGAAGGAUAACGCCCCGUUUCAUACCGCUGCUUUGAAGGCCUUUGAUGACAUCGCCGCUAGGGCCGUCAAUGCUGGCCAUGCCGUGGAUGUCUGGGCUUGCUCGCUGGACCAGGUCGGCACGUAUGAGAUGAAGUCGUGUGUAGAUCGCACCGGUGGCGUCUUUGUCGUGUCCGAAUCGUUUGAUCACCCGAUGUUUAAGGAGACGUUUGAGAAGUUUUUUUCGACCGACGAAUCAAACCAACUCCCCAUGGCCUUUCAAGCUUCCUUUGAGAUUAUAGCAUCGAGGGAGGUCAAGGUUGCCGGUGUGAUCGGCCCAGUCGCCUCAUUGAACAAGGAGUCCCCGUCGGUUUCCACAGAAAUGGAAAUCGGCAUCGGAGGGACCACUGCGUGGCGAAUGUGUACGUUGGACCCGCACACCACCCUCGCUGCCUACUUUGAGGUUGUCAAUCCUCACCAAAACCCGAUUCGCGACGACCAGUAUCGCUACAUUCAAUUCAUCACGCGGUAUACGCAUGCCACUGGGCAGCAUCGCAUGCGAGUGACGACAACCGCCGGACGGUGGACUUCUGGCGACAACAUUCCUGAAAUCGCAGCAGGCUUUGACCAGGAUGCGGCGGCGGUACUCAUGGCGAGAAUGGCGGUUUACAAGACGGAGAACGAGGACUCGUUUGACAUUCUGCGAUGGGUCGACCGCAUGCUCAUUCGUCUCUGCGCCAAGUUUGCAGAGUAUCAAAAGGAUACUCCAGAGACAUUUGCGCUGAGCCCCAAUUUCAGUUUGUACCCACAGUUUAUGUUCAAUCUGCGACGAUCCCAGUUUUUGCAAGUAUUUAAUUCGUCUCCAGAUGAAACUGCCUACUUCAGGUCGUAUCUCAAUCGGGAAAAUGUGAACAACUGCUUGCUCAUGAUUCAGCCGACAUUGAUGAGCUACUCCCUGUCAGGAGCACCAGAACCUGUGCUGCUUGAUGUCACAUCAAUCAAACCGGAUCGAAUUCUACUUCUGGAUACAUUCUUUUACAUCAUUGUUUUCAACGGUGAAACGAUCAGCUCAUGGCGGAAGGCUGGCUACCAUGAGGAUGGAAAGCAUAACAACUUAAAGCUUCUAUUGCAAGCACCCAAGGACGAUGCUGCCGCUGUAUUGGAUGAGCGUUUUCCGUACGCGCGAUACAUUGAAUGUGAUCAGAACGGUUCUCAAGCUCGCUUCUUGCUUGCCAAACUGAACCCCUCUGUCAAUCAUCACAGCGCAGCCGCUGAAUAUGGCGGAUCUGACUUCAUCUUCACGGAUGAUGUGAGCUUGGGGGUAUUCAUGGAACAUUUGAAGAAAUUGGCUGUGUCCAGCCAGUAGACCAGGCGAGGGAGCGGAAGGUGAGGGGGAAGGGAAGCAGAGCAACUGCGAGUUGAUGCCCGGGGCUCGCAACUAAUUUCUAAAGCAUAUAUAUGCCCAUUCGAACUUGGGCCGCUGAGAUAGACUUCAAUACAAUGUUACAAGGUAUCGAAAUGAAUACUUCUCUUGCAGAUUAGGGUCGCUUCUUUAAACAAGUUGGUUCCGUAUCAG